AAGGUAUGGUACGGCCCUCCUAAUCAGGAGCGCCGAUAGGACUUAACUAGUUUAGUUUGUAAACACUUCAUCCUGAAGCCUGUAUUUCGAAACCUUGGAUAUUUUGCCUACAAUGGUUAGUUGUAACAUGAAAACUAUGAAAAGGUAUUUCAAGCGCCUCGUCCUCUUCCCAGCAAUCAUACUUGCCCUUCAGGGACUUGUUUUACUGAAGAGAGUCUGUAGUUUUAUCUACAGCCUUUUCUUUCAAAGGACAACACCAAUAGUUGUGCGUACUCCUGGGGAGCGUUUUCAAGACCUGGCUUCUGUUGGUUAUACUUUCAUGCCAAAUUAUGUUGACUUGCCAAUUGGAGGUGGAAAAACUCUUCCGAGGGUUCAUUAUUUGGAUGAAGGGCCCAGAGAUGCUAAAGAAGUUAUCUUGUGUCUUCAUGGUGAACCUAGCUGGUCCUUCCUGUACAGGCACAUGAUUCCAGUUUUUGUGGAUGCUGGCUAUAGAGUUAUAGCUCCAGAUUUCAUUGGAUUUGGGAAGUCAGAUAAGUAUGUGGACAUGGAAAAUUAUACUCAUAAUAUGCAUACCAUGACUCUUAGGUUGCUCUUGGACUACAUCAGUGUUAAGGGUAUUACUCUGGUAUGCCAAGACUGGGGUGGCCUUGUAGGCCUCUCGGUUGUGAAAGAUAAUCCUAACAUAUUUUCAAGACUGGUAAUUAUGAACACUGGUUUGCCAGCUGGUAUUGAGCUUUCUAUCAAUAACAUAUAUAGAGCUUCUCCAUUUUUGCUAUGGCGUAGCUUUGCAGAGUUACUUGGAACAUCAUUACCAGUAUAUUCAUUGUUAAAGUUAGGUCUAUUGAAUCCUGAACCAGCAGUAUUACGAGCUUAUGAUGCACCAUUCCCAUCUCCUAUGUUCAAGAGUGGUGCUGCCAAAUGGCCGCUCCUAGUCCCUCUAACAUCACAUGAUGCAGUAGCUGCCGACAUUAAAGUUACUCGUGAUUAUUUAUCUAGUGAAUGGGAGAAACCUGUUCUGAUAAUGUUUUCUGACAAAGAUCCUAUCACAAAGGGCCAGGAACACACUUUUAAGAGACUCCUACCUCGUGCAGUGUGCAAAACUAUUGUAGGAGCUGGUCACUUUCUUCAGGAAGAUAAGGGGGAGGAAUUAGCCUUUCAUAUUGUCAGUUUUGUGAAUGAGAAACUGUAGUAAUUGAGUUUUGUUGUUAGCAUUUGGUUUUAUAAAUUUUAGUCUAAAAAUUUCAAUUUCCUUCCAAAUUUCAGUGGCCAAGUAAUAUAUUACCAACAUAGCAAUCUGAAUCCUAUUAAAUCUUUUAGUCAUAGUAUUUUCUAAUGUUGCUAAUUACCACAACUACAUUUUAGAAAAUUCUAAAUUAUUUUUGGGGGGAGAUUUUAGUGCAAUAUUGCUUUAUUUUAAGCAUAGUAAGAAACUGGAUAAAUUUAGAUACCUGUGCAAUGAUUGCAUUAUAUUACUGCUUAUUUGUUGUAGUUGGAGUCUUUCAGUUUUAUUGUAUGUAUUUAAAGCGGUUUAAUUUGGAAAUUAUAAGGAAAGCAGUGGCAGUUGUGUAUGAAAGAAUUUGUAGUUAUGACCGCUAAUUUCAUCACAUCAUGGCUGCUUAAAGGAUUCUAUAGUUAGUAAGGCAUUUUAGAUACUUUAUUUUGGUUACUGUAUGUCUACAAUAAAUAUAGCAAACAAUA